AUGUCCAUUGUAUCACUCUUGGGAAUAAAGGUGCUUAAUAAUCCUGCGAAAUUCACCGAUCCAUAUGAGUUUGAAAUUACCUUUGAGUGUUUGGAACAAUUGAAGGAUGACCUUGAAUGGAAGUUGACCUAUGUUGGCUCUUCUAGAUCUUUAGAGCAUGACCAGGAAUUGGAUUCUUUAUUGGUGGGCCCCGUCCCCGUUGGAAUCAACAAGUUCAUCCUCACUGCAGAUCCUCCAUCACCGGAAUUAAUACCUGCGAGUGAGUUAGUGAGUGUUACGGUGAUUCUAUUGAGUUGUUCAUAUAAGGAGAGGGAGUUUGUACGUGUUGGGUACUAUGUCAAUAAUGAGUAUGAUUCAGAAGAGCUGAGGGAGAACCCACCGGCAAAGGUGCAGGUGGAUCAUAUAGUGAGAAACAUCCUAGCCGAAAAACCCAGAGUGACAAGGUUCAAUAUAGCGUGGGACAAUGAGGGAGAUCUAGAUGAGUAUCCUCCUGAACAGGACACCGAGGAACUGGACGAUGAGGACGCCAUUAUUGAUAUGGGUGUGGAUUCGGAAGAGGAAGCAGAAGAUAUGGUGGAGGUUGACGAUGAGGAUGACGAUGCUGAAGAUGAGGAGGUGGGGGUGGAAGGUCAGGAAAAGGUAAGCGGCGAAGUACUCGAGGUUGAUGCCGAGUCGGCAAAAAGGCAAAACACGUUGAACGACGACGACAUACCGGAGCUUAAAAGGAGAAAGAUCGAAUUAGAGAAAACGGAAACCACAAACACGGAAAACGAGGCAUCCAACGUGGUGGUGGAUAAGGAGGAUGAGGAGGAGGAUGAGGAGGAAGACGAAGAAGACGAAGAAGAGGAUCUUGAUGAAUUAGCUGCUGAUGAUGAAGAAGAGCUAGUUGCUGAAGAAGUAGAAGAGGUAGAUGCAGCAGAAGAAGACGACGGAGAAAACACAGAAAAUGCAGAAGAAGCUCAAGUUGCUCCCAUGGAGGAUUCAGAGAGAACACUUAAAAGUAGACAAGAUAGUGUUUAA